UUCCAUCAACUGACCAAAGCAAGAAGAAUCUUUACGCAGAGAGGAUCAUAUGGAGAAUUGCAGCUUAGAUCUCUGCCUAUCUUCAGUGACUUCUUCACUUCAAUCUUGUCGCCGAGAUUCCAAGGUUAGUCAAUCUUUAGCCACGAGAACUAAGGAGAUCAAUGCAUUCUAUAGUGGGAGAGUACGAGAAUACGAUCUCGUAGAGAUCCAGAUAAGGGCGGUAAUAGAGAUGGCGAGCAAGGAGCGUGACAUAACGGCGUUAGAGUUAGCACCGGUUAGACUAGAAUCGCCGUUAGUGUUUUCGGUGAAGAGAUCAGUGGAGAGGUUUUUGGAGAAGAGAAAGAAGAGAAGCAAAUAUGUUGCUACACCUUACAGUUACACUUGCAGCUCCACGUCUUCCUCCUCUUCCCAUCAUUUCUAA